AGAUGGGAAGUGGAUGACAUGGAUUGACUAUGAGAAGUUCCACGAGUUGAUGAGGAGCUUCUAUGAAUCGGACGGGAAACUUGCAUUUUCCUCUGAGGAUUACAUGGCUCCUACGCCGGAUUGGGCCGUUUUUGGAGCCACUGAGCAAGGAUUUGAUCCAGCUGAAACGCGGACCAACAGGAAAAAGAGGGAAACUGCAGGGCAAAAUAUCAUUGCUACUCAUGCCACAGUCCCUCCUCAGUUUGGAGUUCAGUUACACUCAACCAAGAAUGGCAACAGCACAAAGUACUCUUUGAAGUUGAUUGGGUUUGUCCAGAAAGACAUACAUUUUGAAGUGGGGCUUGAACACUACCAAGAUCAUGUGCAUGUUUUUGAACAC